AUGGCCUUAAUCCGAAAAUUACUCAACUUUGGAACUUUUAUACGAGAAGUAUUCACCUCUUUCCACGCGAAGUGGCGUGAGAAGCUCUCCGAUAAAUUUGCUAUAAGUCUUUUACCGAAUGAGUCCACCUUACGGGAAGUAGUUGUUGCUAUGCUGACAAAGAAAGUCAAGCAUUUUUCCAUGAUGUUGGAUCUCUACCUUGUAGCAUUUAAGGCCCUCGAAGUAGCAAGAUGGAAUCAACACCGUGUGACACUCGAUGACAAAUUGUCAUUCAAAAAGGACGUGGAUAAAGUCAAGUUCUACGGCAAUUACCAAUCUAUGUUAACAGCGGCGGGUAUGGUACCAUAA